UAUACCGAAUUUCGGCGCUGGUGCAAUUUCAGUGUACCUGAAACAUGGGAUGAUUUAGCAAAUGAUAUCCCGGAUGAUCGUGUACGCGCCAAGCUCAAAGAGCUUUAUGGGCACCCCGGAAACAUUGACUUAUGGGUGGGUUUAAUCUCGGAACGACGACUAGCCGGUGCUCUAGUGGGCCCAACGAUUGCCUGCAUCCUUGGAGACCAGUUUCGACGCCUACGUGCUGGCGAUCGCUUUUGGUAUGAGAAUGAAGGGGUAUUUACUUCGCUACAACUUCAGCAAAUCCGGAAAUCAUCACUGGCUGCUGUGCUGUGCAAUAGCGGCGACGCAAUUGAUCGUGUACAGAGAGACGUAUUCGAGUACAGAGGUAAUCGGUCAAUGAAGUUUUAUGAAAGUUGCGACGAAAUACCUCAAAUUAACCUCAAUAUUUGGCAAUCGUGUUGCGAAAAAAGCUGUUUUUCGCCUGGCAGCGAGCAAAGCAUGAUACAAAAUAGAAAACGAAGGGCGCAUAAAAUUUAUAAGGAAGAGGGUAUUUGCGAUGCUGAUGGAACAAUGAAAAACGAUGGGGAUGUGUGGAAGAUAGAUGAUUGUACAACGUGUGAGUGCAAGGAAGAGGGUAUUUGCGAUGCUGAUGGAGCAAUGAAAAACGAUGGGGAUGUGUGGAAGAUAGAUGACUGUACAACGUGUGAGUGC